AGAUGCCAAUAUCUAGACAACCAAUUAGAAUAUCAAAAAAGCCUAUUACACUUUUGUUGACUGACGCCUUGUGAAUAGGACUGUGCAGCCAAUUAGUUCGUGCUGCAGCAUCCCAUACGCGAUAAAUUUAAAAAUAGAAGACCCUUCGGUCGUUUCACGCCUUACCGGAUCCUGACACUUCCUUAAAAGAAAAGUUGCUUGAAGUCUAUUUUUAUUGCAAACUGCAUUUAUGAAGCUUUCUUCUGAUAUAUCGUUUGCUAGGAUUGUAGUGAAACUGGUGCGCGAACGAAUUUUUUCCCGAAGGACACCCGCGAAGGGAAGUAACCUUAAGCUUGUCGCAUGCGAUUAAGUCGUACCGUAUAUAUCGGCCCUAAACACAAAAAUUAUACAUGACUUUUAUAUAUCGAAGUGAAUACUCUGAUACAUCCUCUUAUGUUUUUCUUUAUAUGCCUGGGAGCCGAGCAAACUGAUAACUACCCAUAUUCUCUCGUUCUCUUUAAAAUAGAAUUGUUGAUCAAUUUUUGCUGAGUUGGCUACCAUGGCCCGAGAUGGAGGAUCACGUGAGCAUGUCAUUAACAUGGACUGGCUUGAAAGGGAAAUAGUUAUGGAAGAGGAACUGGAAAGAGGAAGAGAAGAAAAAAGAAAAGGUGAUGAGCAAACGAAAAGAGAGGAACAAAUAAAGAGAGAAGAACAAAGAAAGAGAGAAGAACAAAGAAAGAGAGAAGAACGAAGAAAAAGAGAAAGGGAAUGGAAAGCGCAACAGGAGAGGGUAAAAAGGUUAGGAAGAAAAAGAGAGAGACGUCAAGAGAUGAGAGGCGCGGAGUUAGAGAGAGGAAGAGUGGGCGUAACGGCAAAAGAAAGGACCCGGGAUGAAAUUAACAGAGGAAGAGAUAAGAGAAGAGUUCGGUGUCACAAGUGUCGAGGGUUUGGCCACGUACGUGCCGAAUGCCCAACGAGACGCGGCCCGGUUGUGCCCCACCAAGAUCAAGAUCAAGGAAAAGAAGUGAUAGUUAAUAAUUAUCAUUUUCACGCCUCUCUUGACAAUGUAAGAUUUCACUAAUAAGUUUAGUCAGUUAUCUUACAUUGCCAAGAGGUUUAUUUUAUACUUUAAUACUAAUAUUCAAUUAAUUAAAAACGUACACGUGAUUUAUCAGUAUUAUAAAUUUAAUGUAUAUUGUUUCUUUUUUUAUUUUUACGUGAUCGAAAGACAUUAAAUAUUUG